GAAGCAGUGAUAUAGCAAAGGGAAUAAUGCUUCCAGAGUAGAGCGUUCACGAAUACUCUCUUCCAUCAUGCGGUUCUUAAAAUUCAGAUGGAAGCUGCUUAUUCUAUCGAUCUACAUUACGAUUGCGAGUGGCAAUUUCUACAAACGAUGGCCGCAUCUGUCCAACAUCCGUUCCUCGGCAGCUCCAGUGGUACAAGCGGCCACCGUGCAAGAGCUUCUCGGCCGCCUGCUGCCCACACGCCAGCACGAAUUCGAGAUUCACGUGGAUCCACUUAUCUCCGAAUCUGGGCACGAAACAUUUCGACUACUCAAGCGGCCAGGAGACAAACAAGUCGUAGUGACCGGUAACUCGGGGGUCGCAGCUUCAUCAGGGCUUAAUUAUUACUUCAAGUACCUGUGUCGCUGCCAGGUCAAUUGGGAGGCACACUCGCAGCUAAAUUUGCCGUCAACCUUGCCGAUAGUUAACGUCCAGGUCACCUCACCAGACAGGUUCAAGUACUACCAGAACGUCUGCACGCCAGGGUAUUCGUUCGUGUGGUGGAAAUGGGAGCAAUGGGAACGCCACAUCGACUGGAUGGCCUUAAAUGGUAUCAACUUGCCGCUGGCCUUUGUUGGUCAAGAGGCGAUAUGGGAGCGCGUGUGGAUUAGUCUUGGUCUAAACCAGACCGAAAUUGACCAAUUCUUCAGUGGGCCCGCCUUUCUGCCGUGGAACCGCAUGGGGAAUAUGCGUGGCUUCGGAGGUCCUUUGCCUCGAUCCUACCGUGAAAAUACGCUUGCUCUGCAGCUCCAAAUUCUUGACAGAAUGCGCGCCUUUGGAAUGACUCCAGUUUUGCCUGCUUUUGCAGGAUUCGUCCCAAAGGCAAUCACCCGACUAUUCCCGUCUGCUAAUUUAACAUCAAUGUCUCGCUGGAACAAUUUUCAGGACGAAUUCUGCUGUCCACUUAUGCUCCAGCCAAACGAUCCUCUUUUUCAAUCUGUCGGGCAAAAGUUUUUGAAAGAAAUAGUAAACGAGUUUGGGACGGAUCACAUUUACAACUGCGACACAUUUAACGAAAUGUCUCCUUCAUCGGACGAAGAAAAGUACCUUAUCGAAGUUGGGUAUGCCACCUUUUCCGCAAUGACUGCUGUUGAUCCAGAUGCAAUUUGGCUCCUCCAGGGAUGGCUCUUCAUCCACGACAGCUUUUGGACCAAGGAAAGGGCUAAGGCUCUGCUCACAAGCGUCCCUCAGGGCCGACUAAUGGUCCUCGACUUGCAAUCUGAGCUGAGUGAGCAGUAUUCGCGUCUCGAUUCUUAUUUCGGCCAGCCUUUCAUUUGGUGCAUGCUGCAUAAUUUUGGAGGUACCCUCGGACUGUAUGGUGCGGCACAGAGAGUUAACCAGGGCGUAAGUGAGGCUCGUCUAUUCCCAAACAGCACGAUGGUAGGAAUCGGCAUCACUCCCGAGGGAAUCAACCAGAAUUACGUGAUGUACGACUUGAUGCUUGAAAAUAGUUGGAGGAGAGGACCUGUCAAUCUGACGCAAUGGAUUCAAGAUUACGCGGAGCGCAGAUAUGGCACUAAGCAAGAACAUGCUUUCAGAGCUUGGAAUUUUCUGCUUAACAGCGUGUACUCGUUCAACCUGACUAACGUGAAAGUUCGAGGUAAAUACGUGAUUUGCAGAAGGCCAAGUUUUAAGCUGAAACCAUUGAUUUGGUACCAACCGCUCAGUGUGGUCAAAGCAUGGGACAGUUUAUUCGAGAUGCUGCCCAAAAUGAAAAAUUCGCUGACCCUGCAGCACGAUUUCGUUGACGUAACUAGGCAAAAUUUACAACUCUUGGGCGCCUUCUAUCACUCGCAGAUUGUCAGAGCCUACAGGCGGAAAAAUCUAAAGAAACUACUAGAUAACGGUCAACUCCUGCUCGAUCUCCUAACUGAUUUAGACUCAGUUUUGGAAUGUAACGAAGACUUUCUGCUCGGAAAAUGGAUAAGAGAUGCAAGAAGCUGGGGCGAAAGCAAAGCGGAAUCGGAGCUCUACGAAUUUAAUGCACGCAAUCAGAUCACGCUUUGGGGCCCAACAGGAGAAAUUUUAGACUAUGCCAAUAAGCAGUGGUCAGGUGUGGUGGGCAAUUAUUUCAAACCAAGGUGGCAACUAUUCAUUCAGAGUCUUGUUGGGAGCCUGGCUUCUCACCAAGGAUUUAACCAGAGCACAUUCAACAAAAAUGUUUUCCAAUCAGUGGAACAUGCAUUUGUUCUGGACAGAACUCAAUUCCCAUCAACGUCGUCAGGUAAAUUUUGGCAAGUGGUAAAAGAUGUUUACGAGACGUGGAGACCCCGCUUUAACAGCAAUGCGCUUAACUUCCUGACGAAAGCCAUUAUUAAGCAUCCCAAGUGAAUAAAAGCGUUUCCAAUCAAAUCAUUCUUUUAGAGUUGUCUAUAAAUAAAGUAUGGAGCACAAGA